AAGAAAGAGAGGGACCAUUGUAUGAUGACGCUAUACCAAUUCUGGGCGUCUACAAAAUCAUCAACAUAAACAACACAACUUUAAUCAACGCACAAGUUGUAACAACCGAUUUCACUGCACUAGUUUUAGAUUCUUUGCCCCAAGAGAGAAGGAACCUCUGAUCAACACAUGUCACUCUAGAUCAAUCCAGAUACUUGCCGAUCUAAUCGGAAGAACUCGAUCAAUCCACAGAUAGAUAUGGCUACUUUGCAAACUUUUCGGAAAGCAUACGGUGCUCUUAAAGAUCAAACCAAAGUCGGAUUAGCCCAUGUUAAUAGCGAUUUCAAGGAUGUAGAUGUUGCGAUCGUUAAAGCUACGAAUCAUGUUGAAUGCCCACCCAAAGAUAGACACAUCAGAAAAAUUCUGGCAGCUACUUCUGCGAUUCGGCCUCGAGCAGAUGUGCAAUAUUGUUUACAUGCCCUAGCAAGGCGAUUAGCCAAGACCCGCAAUUGGACGGUGGCAUUGAAGACUCUGAUAGUUAUACACAAGACGUUAAGGGAGGGUGAUCCUACCUUCAGGGAAGAACUUCUAAAUUUUCAACAAAGAGGGCGUGUCCUGCAACUAGCUAAUUUUAAGGACGAUUCAAGCCCUAUUGCUUGGGAUUGUUCUGCUUGGGUUCGUACAUAUGGACUGUUCUUAGAGGAAAGACUUGAAUGCUUUAAAAUUCUGAAGUAUGAUAUUGAAGCUGAGCGUAUCCCUAGGCCUGCUCAAGGUGAAGAUAAUAAGGGUUAUAGCAGAACCAGGGAUUUGGAUAGUGAACAAUUGCUGGAACACUUGCCGUCUUUACAACAGCUAUUAUACCGUCUUAUGGGAUGUCGGCCGGAAGGUGCAGCUGUCGGAAAUUACGUUAUACAAUACGCCCUGGCUUUGGUGCUCAAAGAGAGCUUUAAAAUUUAUUGUGCAAUAAAUGAUGGAAUUAUCAAUCUUAUCGAUAAGUUUUUUGAGAUGCCAAGACAUGAAGCCAUCAAAGCCUUGAAUAUAUAUAAACGAGCCGGCCAGCAGGCUGGGAGCCUUUCUGACUUCUAUGAAGUUUGCAAAGGAUUGGAGCUUGCGAGAAAUUUUCAGUUCCCGGUUCUCAGAGAGCCUCCGCAAUCUUUUCUUGUGACUAUGGAGGAGUACAUAAGUGAAGCACCACGGAUGGUAUCAGUUCCUACCGAGACAUUGGAAUAUCCAGAAAGGCUUAUGCUGACUUAUAAACCAGAAGAAAACACCGAGCCUCUUGAAGAUGAAAAUGUCGUCAUCGAUGAAGCUAAACCCCAGCCAACCGAUGAUUUAGUUGUGUCAAAUGACAUCCCUGCCCCUGCACCUCCGCCUCCCCCACCAACUUUCAACAGCCAGGACCCUGAUGAUUUACUGGGGUUAAAUUUCGAUGCGCCAAAUGCAUCAUUGUUCGACGAAAGCAACGCGUUGGCUCUUGCGAUAGUUCCAACUGAUGGCCGGUCGAACGGAUCUGGUGGUGCUCAAGCAAAAGAUUUUGAUCCAACGGGAUGGGAACUUGCGUUGGUCACCACUCCCAGCACCGAUAUCUCUUCAUUUCAGGAGAGGCAACUGGGUGGUGGAUUGGACUCGCUUACACUCAACAGUUUGUACGAUGAAGGCGCAUACAGAGCUGCCCAGCAGCCUGUUUAUGGGUCACCGGCACCCAACCCUUUUGAAGUAAGUGAUCCAUUUCACGCGGCUCCUCAAACAGCAGUGGUUAACCCCUUCGGUCCAUACCAACCUGCACAACCACAGCAGAAUCUGAUGAUGGCUGCACCAAACCCGUUCAUUGAUUCGGGGUUUGGUCCAUUGCCAGUUAACGGUGGCCAUCCUCACACGACUAAUCCAUUUGGGGCAGCCUUGCUGUGAUAUGAUGUUGUGUCGAAAAUCAACCGAAAAAGCGAAAUGAAAAGAGAUUGAAUAUUUUUUUUAGUGUAUAUCUGGAAUUGAGAAGUGUUUAGGUGGAUUUUGGUGUUGCUCAUAAAACAUGCUCUUACAUUCUUCUUGUAACAUGCUUGUUUUUGGCUCUA